UCCUUAGACCGGCUCCGCCGCCUGCGACUUCUGUAAGAAGAGAGGAUGGAUCUGCUAUGUGAUACCCACCAGUAGGAAUUCCUCCUGUCUCGCUUGCAAGAUGUCCAAAAUGCCCUGCAAAUAUGAUGGCGCAAAGCGUUCCGGCGGUCGUGAUAUCUCAAGCGCUCCCGCUCCUGGUCUCUGUGAUCGACAUGCACGCAUCUCUCCAGAGGACCCCAGUGACAACGGCGAUUUCGAUGCCAGCAAGCAACUGCCGGAGCAUGAGUUUUCUAGCUCCGGAAGCGACUCCGAAUACUGCGAGGAUUCUCUUGAGGCUGACACGACAGAUGACGAUACGUGGGAAGGGCGACGCAUUGAAGACCAUAACGAGACUGCGGCUUCGCGUACUUCAGAAGCUGGUCCCGCUCGUCUCUCUCACCGGUCACAAUCAACUGCCGCAGCGACUCAUCGCAAGGAAAAGUCGUACAAUAUCAUAAACCAAGCACUGACAUUCACGGAGACCGUCGAAGACCGCGCGGUUCGUUUGCGUUGUAAGUAGCUGUCUUGACUU